AUGGCUGACAUGCAUUCAAAGAAGAAAACAGCAGCCCCAGAACACCUUCAGAAUGAACCAUACAUAGUGCCUGCAGAUCCAGAUAAGAUGGAUGAGAUCAAAGCAAUUAUACUACAGAUCUUCCCUGUUGUGUAUAAUCAUGAUUUCUAUGCCAAGCUGUUCUCAAAAAACACAUUUCUUCAGCUCCUUUGCAACUCAGCAACCCAUGAGAUUGUUGGGCUUUUUGCCCUUAGGCUGUCCAAUUCCAACACAAUGGAUCUCAGCGGGUCCCCGCAUAGCGCAAUACCAAACUGUGAGUGCAGCGGAAUGAAUAAGUUUGAGGAGGACAAGUUUAUGUAUGUGAUUCUUAUUGGUAUAAUAGAAAAAUAUCAAGGGCACGGAUAUGGAAAGAUGCUUCUUAAAGAAAUCGACUCAAUUUCUGUGGCAUAUGGCAUACCUCACAUAUUUUUGCAUGUGCAGACGUCCAACCUGCGUGCAAUCGAGUUCUACUAUAAAUCAGGGUUUAAGCUUGCAAAGCUCAUUACUAAUUACUACACAAAUGUAUAUCCUAAAGAUGCCUUUUUAUUACGAAAGUGCUUGCUGCAAUAG